AUUUGUGCAAAGAGUGAAUCAGUGGGAAAGAGUCCAACGAAAAAUGGCACUCCUCUGUGCUUCAACUUCAACUAUCUUCUCUUCUUCUUCAUCAUCAGAUAGACCUUCAUUUGCUUCGUUGAAAAGAACUAUCCCUAGUAACCAAAGCUCAUUUCUUGGGUUCUUCCCUAUAGUAGCAUUGUCCAAACCUUCUUCUGCUCGGACAACAACGUUGUCUUUGUCUAAACGGGAUUUCCAGGUUUGUUGUCAGGAACUCUCUCUUGUCCCUGAAAAUCAACGUUGGAUGUUCGAGGAAUCCGAGGCUGAUAGCCCUGACAUUUGGAACAACACAUGGUACCCCAAAGCUAAAGACCACGUUAAUACUGAGAAAUCAUGGUAUGUUGUUGAUGCAACUGACAAAAUUCUGGGAAGACUGGCAUCAAUAAUUGCUGUGCAUAUCCGUGGAAAGAAUUUGCCGACUUACACUCCUAGUGUCGAUAUGGGUGCUUUUGUGAUAUUGGUAAAUGCUGAAAAGGUUGCUGUAUCCGGAAAGAAAAGGACCCAGAAGCUCUACCGGAGGCAUUCAGGAAGACCAGGUGGAAUGAAAGUGGAAACAUUCAAUCAGCUGCAUCAGAGAAUUCCUGAAAUGAUAAUCGAGCAUGCUGUUCGUGGUAUGCUUCCUAAAGGAAGGCUUGGUAGAGCAUUGUUUAACCACUUGAAGGUGUGCAAGGGUCCGGAUCAUCCGCAUGAGGCUCAGAAGCCUGUUGAGCUGCCUAUACAGGACAAGAGGGUGCAGAAGCAGCGAUAAGCAAAUUUAAAGCAUCGUCCAGAUUGAGGGAAAAGUUGAGA